AACCGGAGAACAGAUUCACCGCUUAACGAUCCUGACGGGAGGCGUCGUGUUUUUGGCUUUGACUGUACUCAUUUGUAAGUAGCCUACAGACCCAUUAUUACAUGCGAGCCCUUGGGUGACAUAGUCCAGCCUGCUGGUUAUAGCGCGUUGUUAUUUUUUGCUCGUGCUGAUAGAGGCUCGUCAUUUAUGUGAAUAAUACAUCUCUGUUUCACUCCGAGGUUGUUUGAGGUUUUCCAAGGGCAUCGGUGAGCGGCACGGUGCGGCAGCGAUGAGCACAUCUGACGGCUACACCGAGCAAGUGGGAGGGAACCUGUUCGUGCUGCUGUAGUCAUUGAGUUCUCAGAGUUACAUCCCGGGUUCAAGCUCUGUGCCUCAGCUCCUCGCUCGGUUCAGCGCCUGGCUUUAGGCUGCAACGUCAUGAGUUGAUCGCGUCUGACAGAUGUUGCUGUGUUGCAGUUGCACAGGCGUACAUAUUCCUCUUGAUCUCGCUGUUUCGGGUUUGAUUCAGUGAAAAGCAGCUUUAUGUCAUAAAUGUUCAGUCCUCGCUUUGUGCUCGCGCUGAUCGCAACCUUCUUUUAGUCUUCGGGUUUCCAUAAAAUGAUACCUGGAUCUGCCGCAUCAAUGCUACCGUCUGCAGAAGCUGCGAAAUUGUACCAGACAAAUUACGUCCGCAACUCCCGUGUCAUCGGACUCCUGUGGGCCAUCUUCACUAUCCUGUUCGGUAUCGUGAACGUGACCAUCUUCUCUCAGCCCUAUUGGAUUGGAGAUGGUGUGGAUACGCCACAGGCCGGCUACUUCGGCCUCUUCCACUACUGCGUCGGAGACGGACACUCCAGAGAGCUGGCCUGCCAGGGCAGCUUCACCGAGUUCUCCGCUAUCCCCUCCGGUGCGUUCAAGGCCGCCUCCUUCUUCAUUGGAAUGUCCAUGAUGCUGGUUGUCACCUGCAUCGGCUGCUUCAGUCUCUUCUUCCUCCUCAGCACAUCCACCGUUUACAAGAUCUGUGGCUGGAUGCAAGCUGCAUCAGGUGUGUGUCUGGUGUUGGGCUGUAUGAUCUAUCCUGAUGGUUGGGACAGCGAUGAGGUGAGGCGAAUGUGUGGAGAGCAGACAGACAAAUACAGCCUGGGAGCGUGCUCGGUGCGUUGGGCCUACAUCCUGGCGAUCAUGGGCAUCCUGGACGCUCUCAUCCUCUCUUUCCUGGCUUUUGUCCUGGGGAACCGGCAGGACGGACUCAUGACAGAAGAGCUGCUGGCUGAGAGCAAGGAGGGAGGAAACGCCUAACGAAAUCUUUAGGUUCCUAAACCCUAUGUGUCUGUCAUCAUGAUGUACCUGUCCCUCUACACGAGCUUGGAGGAGCGAGGCAUCCAUGCCUUUGGAGGAGAAUAAUACUAUGGAACCAGCCAGCCUGCCUUUUACAUCUCCCUGCCAUAACCCUGCUUUAACCUUCCCUUCAAGUCCAGCCAUCUUGCUUGCAGUCCCUUCAUCAUCUCCAGCACUAGACAGAGCCUGACGCACUUUUAUCCCCCUGUGUGUCUACAGAGCUAACCCUUGCACUACAUGUCAUACACUGUACCGGGGCAGAGACUGUUAUCCUACAGAGAAGAACACGGACUACCCACUACCUACCAGAGAAGGCACAGGGUUGACAUUGCAUACCUGCAGUACGAGCACACACAAACUCACAAACACACUUUAACACACACAUACAGUACAUUCAGACAAGACAAACUCUGUAAUUACAACUAUUAAGCUAUGUUAACACUUAGACGUGUGUACCACCAUCAGAAUGUGUGUCAUGUAUGUUUUAUUUGUGAAAAGAAGAAGAAACCUCUCAUUUUAAGAUUAUAUCGGGUUUAUGUAAAUCUAUUGUGUUUCAUAUGUAGCGUUUGACAAUGAAAUGAAAGUCAUAGUUUCUUCUUUGCCCAUACAACCCUUUGUUCCUCUUCAUUUACAAGAAAAAAUAUAUUUAACACUGUUUUAUAAGAAUACUAUCAUCCAAAAGAGGAUAAAAAAAACUUGUAUUAAAAAGUAUGUACAGUAAAUAUUAAAGAUGUUCUAGGAAUUUUAACUAAACCCAUUCAAUGCCCUGCUAGCUAACUUUGCACAGCGCUUCAGUUUGAGAAGAAAUCAAUAUUUUCUAGUCUGUGGUAUCUAUCUACACUGUGACGGGGGCUAUUAGGACUGUGUGCUGCAGGACUCGUAGCUGCUGUAUGAAUGUGUGAGCGAGUGUGAGUUUCUGCACAUAUGUGAGCGUUGGUCUGAAUGUGUUGCCUGCAAUAGUUUGUUGGGCUAGAGAACAGAUAUGCCAGCCUCACAUACACACAAUUGUCCUGUUGUGUCGCUAAAACAGUCUCUGUGUUUGUUUCUUUGACUUCCUUUCUCCCUUUGUUUUGUUGGGACUUACAGGGUAGCAUGAUGAAGUGUUAUUUAUAAUGGAUGAAGAUUUGUUGGAUCAGUAAGGCCUGUCCCAGCGUCACCUGUGGAUAUUUCCUGUGUAAAUAGAUAUUCUAUAGAUACAAAACAGUUUAAAAUAUGAAGGAGAGUAACUUAGAGCAACUAAAGAGAUUCCUAUAAGA